AGCCCGCCUCCCCCCCUCCCUCGGCUCUGCGCUCCCGGCUUCUCCUUCUCCUCCGCCGUCUCCUUCUCCAGCGCAUCUCUGAAGCCGGCGGCUCCGCCAUGGCCUGGCUGUGGAAGCGCGGGGGGUGAACGGAGAAGGGGUCUCCAGGAGCCCCGACGCCGGCUUCCCACUCGCCCGCCCCCCCGAAAGCGGGGCACGCAGCCAGAGAAAAUGGAGAUCUCGCCGGGCCAGUGGCUCCUUAUCCUCUUCCUGGUGGCCAUCCCGCUUCUGUACGAAUGGAGUGCUACCUUCAAAUAUUUCUGUAAGAUGGCGUUCUACAACAGCUACAUCCUCUUCUUGGCUAUCAUUGCCAUCCCGAUCUGUGCCGUCCGUGGGCGCGACGUGGAGAAUAUGAGGGUAUUACGAUUCAUGUUGCUCCACAUAAAAUACCUCUAUGGGAUCAAGAUUGAAGUGCGGGGGACAGAGAACUUCAACAUCAAGGAGCCCUACGUGGUGGUGUCCAAUCACCAAAGCUCCCUUGACUUGCUUGGUAGGACUGGAGGAAGGUGUGGAGGAUGGGAAGGAGCUAAGAAUUUGAUCUGGGCUCUAUUAGUUCAUUUGUUUUUGUUAGUGGGUUUUUUUUUAAUAGAUGUUGCGAUGUAGUUUGCAAGUGGAAGUUGCCCAGAGUUGUUGCAUUAAAAGAUGGGCAGCAAAUAAAUUGGAUGGAUGGAUAUGAGAAAGAGGGGGAUGG